GAGAACAGGUGGAGAAGUUACCCUUUAAAUAUAGAGGACCAACAUACAGCCUAGACUUUAGUGGGGAGACAGGGUUCAUCCAGGAUGCCUGGCCAUAUAAAGCUGGGAAGUGGAGGUGAACCAGAUCCUGAUCCUCUCCCCUACCUUACGGUCAACUUGGAGAAUAAAAGGAAGGAUACAUCAUCUAAAGCAUAUGAUCCUAAACGAUCAGUCUGGGCUGAGGAUGGCCAAGGAGGAUUUAUUGAAGGGUUGAAGGAGUAUGAAGAUGCUGACAAAAUUACCGUUCUUCUUGGACAUGAGAAGAAGCAUUUUAAGCCUAAUCAAGUUGCUCCAGUAAAUCCUCCAAAGUUUGAGAAAUGUGAGGACAUGGCAAAUUUGACAUUUCUGAAUGAAGCCUCGGUAUUUUAUAAUCUAAAGUCCAGAUAUCAGGCUAAAUUGAUUUACACAUAUUCUGGACUGUUCUGCGUGGUUGUAAAUCCUUACAAGAGAUAUCCCAUCUACACCAUGAGGGUUGUGAAGAUGUAUAAAGGAAAACGAAGGAAUGAAUGUCCGCCACACCUCUGGGCAGUAACAGAAGCAGCAUAUAGGAAUAUGCUUCUGAAGGAUAAGGACCAAAGUAUGUUGAUAACCGGUGAGUCUGGCGCUGGUAAAACAGAGAAUACCAAGAAGGUAAUCUCAUAUUUAGCAAUGGUUGCCACGUCAGGAAAGAAAUCAGAGAAAAAAGUUUCUCUUGAAGAGCAAAUUGUUGCAACUAAUCCUAUCUUAGAAUCUUAUGGAAAUGCGAAAACAUCAAGAAAUGACAAUUCCUCUAGAUUUGGAAAAUUUAUAAGGAUUCACUUUAAUACAAAAGGAAAAUUGGCUGGUUGUGAUAUUAAAGCAUAUCUGUUUGAAAAGUCACGAAUAACUCAACAGCAGGAAGUGGAAAGAAGUUAUCACAUUUUUUACCAAAUGCUUCAACCUGCAGUUCCUGACUUAAAAGAAAAGUGUCUGCUCACUGAUACUAUUUAUGAUUACUCAUAUGUCUGUCAAGGAAGAACAAAGGUUGACUCUAUCAAUGACAAUGAAGAACUUCAGUUUACUGACAAUGCCUUUGAUAUAAUUGGAUUCUCAGAAACCGAAAAAUGGAACUGUUACAAACUCACUGCUGCUGUCAUGUCCAUGGGAGACCUAAAAUUUAAACAAAAAGGUCGAGAGGAGCAAUGUGAACCAGAUAAAAAUGAAUUGUCUAAUAAGGUAGGGACAUUAUGUGGAAUAGAUGCAUUACAGAUGAUGACAGCCUUCACUAAACCAAAGAUUAAAGUUGGGACAGAAUGGGUGGUGAAAGGUCAAAAUGUUGAACAAGCUUUGAAUGCUGUUGGAGGUAUCGCAAGAGCAAUUUAUCAUCGCACUUUUUUGUGGCUUAUUGAAAAAUGCAAUGAUACUUUGAUGGAUCCAACAAUGAAGAAAGUAAACUUUUGCGCAGUUCUUGAUAUAGCAGGAUUUGAAAUAUUCACCUAUAAUGGCUAUGAACAGCUUUCCAUUAACUUUGUUAAUGAAAAGCUUCAACAGUUCUUCAAUCACCACAUGUUUGUUGUCGAGCAAGAAGAGUACAUUUCAGAAGGAAUAGAUUGGCAAAUGGUUGACUUUGGAAUGGAUCUUGCAGCAUGUAUUAUCAUGUUUGAGAAACCUAUGGGAGUUUGGGCAAUCUUAGAAGAGGAGUCCUUGUUUCCCAAAGCAACUGACAAGUCUCUGGAGGAAAAGUUGAAAUCAACACUUCUUGGAAAAUGCCCAUCAUUUGCAAAACCCCAGUCCAAGACAGAUAAAAAUGCCCACUUUGCCGUUGUUCACUAUGCUGGAACAGUUUCUUACAAUGUCACUGCUUGGUUGGAAAAGAAUAAAGAUCCAGUAAAUGAUACAGUUGUUGAUUUAAUGAAGUUGAGUACCAAUAAAUUAAUGGUCCAACUUUGGAGUGAUCAUCCAGGGCAGAGCUCUGUUCCCACUGAGGAGAAAGGGAAAAAGAAAAAGGGAGGAGGAGGUAAAACUGUAUCUUCUGUUUUCCUUGUGGAUUUGGUUGCACUAAUGGCAACGCUGAACAGCACUGAUCCCCAUUUUGUUAGAUGCAUUGUUCCAAACACCUGCAAACAACCAGGGGGUGUUGAUCCACCAUUGAUUAUGCAUCAGCUUACUUGUAAUGGUGUGCUUGAAGGUAUCAGGAUAUGUAUGAGAGGAUUUCCAAACAGAAUUCCAUACAAUGAUUUCCAGAAAAGAUAUUGUAUAAUAGCCCGAGGAAAAGUGUCUGAUGAUUGUGAGGAAAAGGAAGCUGCUACUGCAAUUCUACAGGAAAUUCCCGAAGUAAAUGACAGGUUUAGACUGGGUCAUACAAAGGUGUUUUUUAGGGCAGGAGCACUUGCCCAGCUUGAAGAGUCUAGAGAUAUAGUUGUUCAGGACCUUGUGCAAAAACUUCAAGGCACUAUUUUUGGAUAUGAAGCCAGAAAAAAGUAUGAAUUCAAAUGCCUACAAAGAGCCAUGAUUAAAGUCAUUCAACGAAACUUACGUAAAUAUCUAAAUAUUAAAGAUUGGAAGUGGUUUUCUCUCAUACAUCUAACAAAGCCUUUGAUUGGACAGAUAAACAUGGAGGAGGUUCUACAACAGUUGGAAUCUAGAUUUUAUGAAGUUAAUGAAAUUCUAAAUGAAAAACAAGCUGUAAUAAAUCAACUGUCCACUUCAAACACAGCUGUAGAGCAAGAAAUCAAUGAAAUGAAAUCUAUCCUUGGAAGUCGGCAUGGCAAUAUUUUUGGAUUGCAAGAAAAAUUAGAAAUGUUGAAACACUCAGUUUCUGAUUUAAAGGAUCAUAUAAAAGAAAAACAAUUUGAAUUUAAUGAUAUCGAAUCAUCAAAAGAAGAUGUCCAGGAUGAAAAUAACAUGGAAGAAAAAAAAUUGAAUCAAUUGCAGGAAGUUUAUUCUAAUUUGAUUAGAGACAAAGAGGAUGUUUCAAUUGUCCUCCAACAGAGAGACACUUAUCUGAGAGAGUUGAAUGACCUUAUUGCAAGAAAUGAUGAAAUUCUGACAAAACUGUCUUCGGAGAAAAAGAUUUUAUCAGAAAAGGGAGCAGCAAGCAAAAAUAAUCUGGAAAGCAUGGAAGACAAAUUGAGCUCAGAAAUCAAUUGUCUUAAAGAAAUGGAAAUUGUGAAAGAGAGCAUUGUAUCUUCUAUCACAGCUGAGGAGGAUUUGAAGCAUAAGAUAGACUCUGAAAGAUCACAAAUCGAAUCUCUAUUGAAGAUUGAACAACUUAAGGUUCAUGAUUUUAGUAGAGAUAAACUAAACUUGACUCAAAAUUUGGAAAGGCUAUUGAAAGAAAAGAAGGAUGCAGAGAUUAAGUGUGAGAUUGAAGAGGGUAAUGCUUUUCAAAUUCGAUCCAAGGUGCAUGAUCUUGAAGCCACGGUUGAAAAAAUGGAGCAAGAGUUAAUGAGUGUUAAGCAGAACAAAAUGUAUGCAGAACUCAGCAGAUCAGAGCUAGCAAGAAGCCAUGAACAAUACUUAACUCACUUAGAUGAAUCAACUGCAAACAUGGUUUCUCAGAUGGAAUUAAAUAGCAAACUUGAUAUCAAACUUCAAGAAAUGAGAAAGGAUAAGGAAGAAACAAUGAUAUCAUGGGAGAGCACUAUCUUGAAACUCAAGAAGAAACAUCAAGAAGCCACAUGUGAAAUGUCACUCCAGCUUGAGGCUUUAAGGUCGAUCAAAAUAAGAGUUGAAAAGGAUAUGGUGUCCUUAAAAGCUGAAAUUCAAGAUACAUCAGCUGCUAUAGACAGGGUUAGUCAGGACACUGUUCACGCAGAGAAGAAUUUGAAAUCAUUGAUUGACAAACUCACAACCAUAAAUACACAGGCUGGGAUGAAGGAGGAAAUGUUGACAAAGACUAUGAGUGUCAACAAACAUCUUACAAGCAAAAACUUGGAAAUGAGCAAUGAACUCAAUGCACUCAACAGUGCUGUGAACCUUAGAGAGAGAGAAGUUUCAAGUUUGAAAGAGCUUUUAAACAAGGCAACAAAUAUGUGUGAAAACGAAGAAAGAGAAAAUAUUUCACUGUCCGGAAAAAUAAAAACUAUACAACAUGAGUUAGAUGGAUAUCAAGAACAGUUUCUGGACGAAGAAAGUAGCAGGAAAGAACUUCAGUUCAGUUUGGAUCGAGCAAUAUCAGACGUAAAUGUGUGGAAACUGAAAUAUGAAAAAGAAAUAAAAGAAAGAGUUGAAGAACUUGAGAAUUGUAAAUUGAAAUUGCAAACACGGGUGUGUGAGGCGGAAGAUACACUCAAUACACUGAGCAAACAACUCCAAAUAAUAGAAAACAGGAAACUUGAAACAGCCAGGAAUCUUGAAGAGGCUCAGCGGAGAAAUGAAAUUACAAUUGUGAAGCUUGGACAAGCUGAGAAAAGAGUAAAAAGUUCUGAGAGGGAUAUUCAAGAAUGGAAAAGAAGGUCGGAUGAUCUUUGCAAAGAAUUAAAUGAAUCUCAAACUAACUGCAGGAAUGCUACUGUAGAACUAUAUAGAAUAAAGAAUGGAAUAAAUGAAUCAAUGUCAAAACUUGAAGCUGCUCGUGGGGAGAAUAAAAAAAGUUCUAAUGAUAUCAAAGAUACAACAGAGCUCAUCAGAGAUGGAGGCAGAAAAAUUCAUGAAAUUGAAAAUCAAAGAAAAUGUUUGGAAGGAGAUAUUGGAUAUCUAAAUAAUGCUUUAGAAGAUAUAGAAAAAGCUUUAAUGAACGAGGAAUCCAAGUUGAAAGUAUCCAACUGUGAAAUAGAAAAGGUAAAGGAAGAUAACAUAAAUACAAUCUCCGACAUGGAGAAGUCAUUCGAAGUUGUCAAGAAAAACCACAAUGAAAUGAUGAACUCAAUCAAACUAAAGAUUGAGGAGAUAAGUAAGGAGAAAGCAGAAGCUUCAAGAAGUAAGCAGCAGUUAGAGUCUAAUAUCCUUGAAUGGGAGGAAAAGUUGAAUAGAGAAGAGUUGAAACAUCAUGAACUCUCUAAAACUGCUGCCAAGACUCUCGUUGAAAUUGAACGAAUGAAUGAAAAGCUUGCGUUUGAGCAAAGAAAGCGUGAGGAAGCAGCAACUGCUUUGUUAGAUCUUGACAGGAAAGGAAGCACGGUGUCAAACAGUCUUGAGGAGUCGAAGAGUAUGCUUGAACAGGUAGAUAGAGCUAGAAGACAUCUGGAGCAAGAAGUGUCUGAUACAACAGAACACAUUUUUAUUCUCACAGAAACCAGUGCUAGGCUUUCACAAGAAAAAUCGAAUUUAAACAUGGAUCUUCAGAAUUUACAAAUUGAAAAAGAUGACACCAAGGAUGAACUUCAUAGUUCUGAAGAUAGAGCUGGCUCAUUGAUGCUUGAAGCAGCUCAACUUGCUGAAAAUCUUAGGGAUGCGCAAGAGCAGGCUAGCAGGUUGGAAGAGGAAAGAAAGGGGAUGGAGACUAAGCUCAGGAGUCUACAGAUACAAGUUGAUGAGGGGGAGAGUGAAGCACUUAGAUGGGGUGAGAAGAGUACCCGGAGAUUGAAGACGACAAUCCAAGAUCUGGAGGAGAGCCUGGAGUCGGAGAGAAGGAAGAACAACAACCUGGUGAAGAAUCAGAGGAAGGUGGAGAGGGACUCCAAUACACUUGAGAUCAAGAUUCAACACAGCAGGAAGAAUUCAGAGAAAAUACAGGAACUGGUGAAUAAGAUGCAGCAGCAGAUAAAUAACUAUAAGAAACAGAUUGAAGAAGCUGAAGAAAUAGCAGCACUCAAUCUUUGUAAGUGGAAGAGAGUUGAAGGAGAUCUGAUGGAAACUCUUGAAAGAGAAAAAUCACGAAGAGAGAUGUUAGUACAAUGUAGAUCCAGAAGAAAGGGAUCUCUUCCUCCAGAAUUCUAAAGAAAAAUGAACAAAUUUAAGUUUUUGUAAUUUAUUGAUAAAAUGUUAUAGUUUGUAAGGAUUUCGUACAAAGAACAAAUACAUAUAUAUGAGUUUUGA